AUGCCGAAAAUCAUCUCGACAUUCAAAGCGAUUCUGACGCGCAUCUUCUUCGGCGCGCACAGCAUCUUGGCCAUUUGGCAAGUGACGGUCAAUACGAAGAACUACAUUUACUGGUCGCUCUGCGGACCGCUGGUGCUGCUCCUGCUCGAGGGUAUCUUUACGCUGAUGAUCAAGAAGACGCAAGAAUGGCGGUGGUUCUGUCCUUCGGUCUUUUUAUACCUAAGCAGCAUUGUGCCGGCCAUUUGGUUAUUGGAAUUAGAUCAAGUGUCACGCAAGUUGAACAAUAACCAUAGCAACAACAAUAGCAGCAAUGAGAAUAUUUUACAAGAAGUAGCGGAGAUCGCUGAUUUGGAUUUGCCCGUGUUCAAAAUUGAUCCGGACACAUGGAUCACUUUGAUCGAACAAUUUCUAAUGCUUAUCUUAAUCGUCGGUCGCUGGAUGUUGCCGAAAGGCGAUUUGACGCGUGAUCAAUUGAGUCAGUUGUUGUUGGUUUAUAUAGGUACAGCUGCUGAUAUUAUGGAGUUUUUCGAGUCUUACAAAGAUGUCAACAUCAUAAAAAUAGAUCUCUUGGUCUUUCUUACGUUGGGUAUUUGGUCUUGGAGCUUAAUGCAGUUCACUAUUGUUUUAUCAGCGACUCGAGCGAGGCGUCCACGCGGCGGUGGCAUACAUCACAAUGAUGGAACGACCGAUUGUUGUGAUGGCUGCUGCUGUGGCAUCGAUGUGUGGGCUAUUGUGCUCAAUGUGAUAUUGCAGGAUGCGCCAUUUCUAACGCUGCGCAUGCUAAUUAUAUUCCAAUAUAAAAUCUUAAAUUAUAUGAGCGUGUUUUUCACAUGUAAAAACACGUUGGUCAUAGUUUUGCAGUUGUAUCGUCUCUAUGUAGUAAACGCCGAAUUUUGGAAGAAUCGGCGAGAACAAAAAUCUGGUGGCGACAAGUCGCAACACUACAGGUCUCGACGUCGCGCCCAAGAUCCGGACGCCAAUAGCAUAUACAUGAUAUCAACGGAACGUGGUACCGAUGUCAAGCGGAAGAUACAAAAGGCACGUGACUACGCCGAGGAUGAGUUCGUAACACGAAAAAAGAACAAAAAGGAUAAAUCGAAAAAGCACAAACGUAAGGACACUGGUUACUCCACUGCCAGUUCGCAGAAUCUCUACUCAACAAAAAUGGUGGAUGAGCGCAGUGCUCGACAAAAGGACAAGAGGUGCGAUAAAAAAUCAAAGAAACGUGAUCGCAGCAACUCAUCGGUCGAGAGCGAUAUUGUCGGGGCGAAGAAGUCGAAACGUGGUGAUGCCGGCGGCGGUAAAAGAUCGGAAAAGAAGGACAAGAAAAAAAAAUCGAAAAAAGUCGAACCCGUCAUGGAGGAAACAACAAGUAGCUCCAGUUCGUCUACAACAACGAGUAGUUCAUCGGAUUCCAGCAAUUCAACAUUGCCCAGCUAUGAGGUGAUCUCGGAGCGUAAAUUGAAGAGUAAUAAGCGUAAGCGCAGCUCAUCAGAGAGCACAUCAACUGACUCAUCGGAUACAACAACGUCGUCGUCAUCUUCAUCAUCCUCGUCUUCGUAA